CUUGCCGCUCGGUUCAACACGGCGAUUGACCUCACACCACCAUCAGCUCUCUCCUUACUCCCUGCUGCCUCCGUGCAACGCCUCCGUCUCUCUCUCUGGGCCUAGCUAGGGGGACUCUACCUGCAAUCCCUGUGCUUUUGCAAUCAGCCUGGACGGUGGUGUGGUACCUAGGGCUGGCUUAUGCAAGAGUCUACUACAGUACAUCUGAAGAACCAUCUUUGCAUCUUCUUUAAUCUGCUGAAAUCAAUCGUUUGGAGCAAUUCCAGUUUGUGCUUCCUAUCCUAUACUACGUACAGUACAGGGCUAAAUCUCCAGCAGAUCUGAAUAUAUAACACCAUCUAGUUGAGAAUGGGGGACGAAACUUUGCUGGAGCGUAUACUCAAUGGAGACGAGGAACCAAAGGAUCUGCCAUUAGGGCUGUUGCAAAGUAUCACGAAUGAUUUCUCUGAAGAGAGAAAAAUUGGUCAGGGUGGAUUUGGAGCGGUUUACAAGGGUGUACUCCGAAAUGGAAUUAUUGUUGCUGUGAAGAGGAUUUAUGUGACUGCACACACAAUUGAUGACAAGCUAUUUCGCCGUGAGUUUAAUAGCCUGAGGAAGAUUAAUCAUCAAAAUGUAGUCCGCUUUCUUGGCUUCUGUUCUAAUACGUAUCAGACACCGAUACAAGAGGCUGGGUCAGAAGAAAUUAACUUGGCCAAUGUAAGAGAAAGAUUGCUCUGUUUCGAGUACAUCAGCAAUGGAAGUCUUGAUAAACAUAUUACUGAUGAAUUAAGGGGACUUGAAUGGGAAACACGUUAUGAAAUAAUCAUUGGAAUUUGCAAGGGUCUGCGCUAUCUUCAUGAGGAAACCAGUAUUGUUCAUAUGGACCUUAAGCCAGAAAAUAUAUUACUAGAUGGCACAUAUUUGAUUCCAAAAUUCACAGAUUUUGGUUUGUCAAGACCAAAUAAAAACACGCAUACUAUGGGCCUACGUUUUGGAACACGAGGAUAUAUUGCACCGGAAUACGAGAAUUCUGGCAAAGCUUCAGUUAAAUCUGACAUAUAUAGUUUGGGUGCCAUAAUCUUCGAAUUAGUAACAGGUUGUAUGGGCAUCCCCGAUGAAAACAAUGUACUUCGGAGGUGGAGGCACAGGUGGACUAAGCCACCGACGUUACUACAAUACCAGCAAGUAACUAGAUGCUUGAACAUAGCAGUACGCUGCAGGGAACAAAAUCCAGAAGCCAGACCUUCCAUAUUGAAGAUAAUUAGCUUUCUGAGUGAAUCUGGAAGUACAGAUAUGCACACUAGCCAGAUAAGACCUUGUUACAUUGAAGAUGACAUGCUGGGGAUUAAGCCCCUCGAGCUACUUGUUCCUUUUGAGCUUAAGAAGAUAUCAUGCUUCACAAUUGAGCUAAUCAACGAUACACAUAGUUGCAUUGCCUUCAACAUCAAACCAUCAAACCCACCAUGGUACAGAGCACAGCCAGACAAAGGCAUUGUGCGACAACAAUGCAAGUAUGGUGUGAAGAUAACAGUGCCACCACAAGAUAUGCACCAUGCUGACAAGUUUAUCGUGAAGAGCAUGAAAGUGAGCGAGGGUCUCACAGAUGAGGAUAUCAUAGAACACACGUUCGAAGAGGCUGGUAAAAUUGCUGAUGAGGUGAAUUUGAUGGUUGUAUAUGAGCCUCACGAAAACUCCAAGAGUAGAGAAGAGACCAACAAGCCAGUUGAGGAAGUCCCCAAGGUGGAAAGGAGAAAGAUUGAUGUAUCUGCUUCCGGAAAGAGCAAACUUGGUAACGGUGGAAAUGCAGAGGCAGCUUCCAUGGCUAUCAAAUCAAGGGUGCAAGGACAAUGUAUCAAGCAAAGAGAGCAGCGUCGUUUCUACCCACGGCAAAGCUCCUCACACCAUUCUCUGGGUUACAUGCUGAUCCCGCUGCUGGACAGAGUAGCGGUCAAGGCUGGUGACGCGCAGGUGGCCAAGCUGCUGCGGGCGUGCGGUCUGGGCAAGGCUCGCCAGAAGCUAGAGUGCCACCUCGCGGACAUCCAAUGUAUCCUGCUGGACGCCGACACCAAGAGCCGAACCAAUGCUGCUGUCCACUCGUGGAUGGAGGACCUCAAGACUGUCGCCUACCAAACUGACGACAUCCUCGACGACUUCCGCUACGAGGCAUUGCGCCGCCAUGCUGCCAAGAUCGGCCACGUUUCCACCGCACACAAGGUGCUGAGCUACACCACUUCCAAUAACCCGGUUAUUCUCCGUCACUCCAUGAGCAAGAAGAUGAAGGAUACAGUUGACAUGAUAGAUGAACUGGUCGAGAAGAUGAAUAGUUUUCACUUCCGACAGCAUACCGAGGCUCCACGCAUUGAUCAUCUGCAAACACACUCUCAAGUCGAUAAAUCACAGAUUGUGGGCAGACAAGAUGAGAAGGAACAACUGGUGAAGAUAUUGCUUGGCCACUGCUACAACAAAAAUAACAGCAACCAUGUCAUGGUGCUCCCCAUAAUUGGUAUGGGGGGAAUUGGUAAGACCACCCUUGCCCAACUUGUGCACAAUGACCAGAGGGUGAAGCAUCAUUUCGAGUUGGUCUUAUGGGCAUGUAUCUCCGAAAAGUUCGUUAUUGAGGAAAUUGUCCGAUCUGUAAUAGAAGUGGCCACGAUGAAGAAGUGUGAUUUGACUCAGAUGGAGGCACUGCAGAAGGAACUUUGUGGAGUUUUGGGCAAGAAAAGGUAUCUCCUAGUGUUGGACGAUGUUUGGAAUGAAGACGGACAUAAGUGGGAUGCUAUGAGAUCAUUACUAAACUCACAUGCUGGCUCAGGUAGUGCUAUAAUUGUGACAAGCCGCAGCGAUCAAGUUGCGUCUAUCAUGGGCACGCUUCCUCCACAUCACAUAUCACUUCUAAAUGAGGAUCAAUCAUGGGAGCUUUUUCACAGAAAUGCAUUUGGGAGGGAAGCGGAAAAGCAAGAUGAAUUGAUUACAGUCGCAAAGAAAAUUGUCCACAAGUGUAAGGGAUUGCCUCUUGCUAUUAAGACUAUAGCAGCUUUACUUCGUUCGAAGCAUCACAGUCAGUGGUUUUCUGUUUUGGAUAGCGAUGUCUGGAAAGAUGACAUCCUCACAUCUGCUAUUGUACCUGCACUACAACUGAGCUAUGAUCACUUGUCAUCCGAAGCAAAAAUAUGUUUCUCCUUCUGUGCUCUUUUCCCCAAGGAUAGCCCGAUGGAUAAAGACACGCUAAUCCAGUUAUGGAUAGCCAAUGACUUUAUUGCAUCAGAAACAAGAGGCCAAGAAAUUUUUGAUAUACUAGUUUGGAGAUGUUUCCUUCAAGAUGUGGAGAAUCAACACUACACUAAGAUCGGUGAUUAUGAGCAUAUCCACAGAUCAAUUAUUUGCAGGAUGCAUGAUCUCAUGCAUGACCUUGCUGAAUCCGUAAGUGGAAAUGAUUGCUUCAUUCUGCAAGAAUCUUCAUCAUGUCAAGAAAUUCUGCACGGACCCACUAACAUCGGUUCAUUACAGCAUGAGGUUCAGUAUUUAUCACUUGAUCAUGUGAGUAACAAUACUCUUGCAGCAAUGAAGGAAAUGCUAGCUCCCCGAGCCCGCACAAUAUUAUGUGUCCAAAGGGAGUUGCAGUGGACCCAAGCAUCUCUGGAUAAGGGCAAGUCUUUGAUUAUGGCAUUGUCAAAAUUCAUGUCAUUGCGAGCAUUGAGGACACUCUCAUUCGAGACACAAAUGGCAAACUUGAAGCAUCUUCGCUAUCUAGAUCUCUCAUAUUCUGGUAUAGCUACACUGCCAGGAUCCACUACCAUGUUGUAUAACCUGCAAACGUUGAAGCUCAUUGGUUGUGAAGAUCUUAAGAAAUUACCAGAGGGCAUGAGGUAUAUGAGCAGUCUUCGACACAUAUUUCUUGCUGGGUGUCCUAAUUUGGACUGCAUGCCACAAGGUGUUGGUCAGCUUAAUUCUCUGCAGACAUUGACGAAUUAUAUCAUUGAUAGUGAUGCAGGCCGUGGAAUUGAUCAACUGAAAGAUUUGAAUCUAGGUGGUAGUCUUUCUUUGACACAGCUGAGAAAAGUGCAUAGUGCAGAAAAUGCUAAACAAGGCAAUAUAUCCGCUAAGCAUAAUUUGAAAAGAAUCUCACUGAGUUGGUAUGGACUCUGUAGUAGAGCUGGAUAUGAAGUAGAUACUAAUGCAGAAGGAAUACUAGAGGCCCUUUGUCCUCACAAUGGUCUUGAAGUUUUACAGUUGUCUAAUUAUAGUGGUGCUAAAUUGUCAUCAUGGAUGCACAAGUCUACACUGUUAGAACAUCUGAGAGAGCUUCAUUUGCGUAGCUGCAGGAAGUGCAAGGAUCUUCCACCAUUAUGGCAGCUGCCCUCCCUCUGGUACUUGAAUUUGGAUAAUUUGGAUAGUGUGACAAGUAUGUGUGUUGGUAAUGAUGAUACAGACAAUGGGGAGUCCUGCAUUCCUCCAUCACCCAUCUUUCCUAAACUGCGAGUCAUGAUUGUUUACAAGAUGCCUAAGCUAGAGAGAUGGCACCAGGUGGCAAGACAAGUAUCGGCUGUAUCAUUCCCUCGGCUCAAAGUGCUACAUAUUUCUGGAUGCCCAAGUUUAGAGACACUGCCGGAGGGACUCCUGCAGCAGGUCUCAGCCCUCACGGAACUAGAUAUGAGAUAUUGCGACAAGCUGAAGGGAGCCUUCUCAAGAGGUGGUGCUUACUGGAAAUUGGUUGAAGCAAUUCCCAUGAGAACUGUUUUUUGAUCCCAUGCACUGAAUGCUUAGGAUGUCUGUGCCUGUGCUUGUGUAUGCCGGCCUUGUGGAAUUAUUUAUUCGGUCCAGGACUGAUGCAUUGUUGAGCCUGUUAAUUAUACGUAUAUGUUGAAUGAUAAUUAUAUGUAAAUAUGUUAUCAUGCCAUGCAAACCUUGCUGGCAUUUUUGAUUUUUUUUUUUAGAAAAGGAGGAAGACCCCCAGCCUCUGCAUCUGGGCGAUGCAUACAGUCAUUUUAUU